AUUUUAUUUAGCUUUAUUAAAGUAAAAUGGUUCAAAAAUCACCUCGUCGAAAGCAAAGGAAAUGCGUCUGCAAUACCGAACAUUUGCUGAAACAAAUUACUGGAACUCCACGUCUAUUGAGAAGUACAGAACUAAAUAAAAUACGUCUGAACCUUUUCACAGAAAGAAACUCCGAUGGCACAGGGUUUCUGGUCCUCCGUGGUAAAGAUCUGUACGACAGGUACCAAAUAAGAAUCCAAGACAGUGAUAUCAGAGCCAUUUGCUUGUAUAUUCGAGAACAGCCGCGACGAAUCACCAUGGUGGAUCUGUGCUACAACCAAAUCACAGAUCUUGGCUUUCAUAAGCUGGUGAAGAAGUUACUGGUCAAAGGACGGUCCAGCGUGAUCAAUUUGAACGUCAUGAACAAUAGACUGACGGAGAAGUCUGCGCUAAGUCUGGCUAAAUAUGCGAAGUUUAUGAAACUGAAGUAUUUGAGAUUGAAUGGGAAUAAACUAGGGACUAAAGGCGGAGAAUAUUUCGCAAAGUUUCUGAUUGAUAACAAAAGUCUCGAGUACUGUGAUAUAGCACAAACUGGACAGACACUGACGAGUGUGGCCCCAAUCAUAACAGCAUUGAGAAUCGAUCACGGCGCGAAUACUACGUUAAAAGUGUUCGAUUUCAGCCGAAUCAAUCCGCUCUUCAAUCGAUACAAUUACGAAACCAAAUGGUUAGCUUAUCAUAUCGAAUAUUUGCUUGAAAGAAACAGCAGCAUUAUUGAGCUGCAUUUGCAGAAAAACGACUUCAUCAGCCACGACAUGGAGUAUUUCGCGCGAGGCUUAAGACGGAAUAAGACUCUUCUAUAUUUAGAUUUAGGGUACAACCGGAUCGGGGAUUAUGGAGCUGAGUUGCUAGCGAAAUACCUUGCUGAAUCACCGCAGUUGAUCCUAUUAAAUAUAGCAGGAAACGAGAUCAAAGACACAGGUGCAAGAGCUAUAAGUUUUGGAAUGCCAUAUUCAAAGAUUCGGGCUUUAGAUAUUUCUAAUAAUAAGCUGACCGAUCGAGGAGUUCUGGACAUUCUCAAUACGAUCAAAAAGCCGUUCUUUCUGAGAUUCCUAAACAUUUGGGGAAAUAAAUUUGGGCAUGUCACGUGUGGAGUUAUAGAAAGAAUGCUUCUAAGUGGAGUGCUAUUCCAGCACACGAUUGACGUGAAAAUUUACAUGGUCGAUGAAGUUUUGUAUGCUGCUUACUACCCCAAUCCUGCUGAUAGGAAUAAGCACUUGUAUUAUUGUGAACUGGACUUUGGUUUUGCUCAACCAAUUUGCCAUAUCAAAAGGAAUGUAAUUCCUGAGAAGAAACCAGUGAAAGUGGAUUGCAAGCAACGCCAUAAGCUCGAUAAGACGGACCGGAAUAGAUUUUGA